AUGCGUAAUCGUAGAAAUACUACAGUUUAUCAAGUUGAAAAUCCACACAUCAGUAAUAAUAAUAACAAUAACAAUAAUCAUAACAAUCCACAACAACAGAGAAACUGGUUAGUUGGUACUGGUUAUGACAAGUAUAAACGAUCACGUCAGCUUAAAUCCAAGUUUGGUAGAAAUUGGGAUCAUCGUGGUUCGAGUACAUCGUCUUCGUCUAGUGCUUCAGAUGGAUCAUUAUAUGAUCGUGGUUCAAUUCGCCGGAGUUGGGGCCGUUUGCAUUACUCUACUAAAGAGAACAAAGGUCCUAUAACAACUAUUGAUAAUGAUGUUGAUGAGAAACAUUUUGAGCGUCGUCGUAAUAAAAGUACUCUGAAUGCCAGAUCAGAGCUUAUGCCAAUUAACAAACAUCAAUUUGGUUAUGAAAAAAAAUCUACAAUCAAGGAUAAAUCAUUUACUGGUAGUUGUCUUGCUGAUAUUGAACCAAUGUCAAUUGAUUCAUCUGUAGGAUUUGAACAAAUUGGUGGUAAUGAAAAUCAUAUAUUAGCAUUGAAAGAAAGUAUAAUCUUGCCUUUAAUGUAUCCUGAAGUAUUUAUCAAAUUCAAUGUUGAACCACCUCGUGGUGUAUUGUUUUCAGGACCUCCAGGUACAGGGAAAACGUUGUUAGCUAGAGCAUUAGCUAAUGAAUGCAGUCGGUUAGCUGGAGGUAAUGAUGGUUCUGUAAAACAACGUCGUGCAAUUGCCUUUUUUAUGCGUAAAGGAGCUGAUUGUUUAUCUAAAUGGGUUGGUGAAUCUGAGCGUCAAUUACGUUUAUUAUUUGACCAAGCAUAUCGUAUGCGUCCUUCUGUCAUUUUUUUUGAUGAAAUUGAUGGUUUAGCACCGAUUCGUUCAUCGAAACAAGAUCAAAUUCAUUCGAGUAUUGUUUCUACACUUUUAAGCUUAAUGGAUGGUUUAGAUAAUCGAGCUGAAGUAGUAGUUAUUGGUGCAACUAAUAGACCAGAUGCUAUAGAUCCAGCUUUACGACGUCCUGGAAGAUUUGAUCGUGAAUUCACAUUUACUCUACCAAGUGAAACUGUUCGACGUCGAAUUCUUGAAGUGAUUACCUCUAAAUGGGAUCCUAAACCAGAUUCAUUGUUGUUGGAUCGUAUUGCUGCGACAACUAUUAAUUUCUCUGGUGCUGAUCUUAAAGCGUUGACUACAGAGGCCUGUUUAUGUUGUCUACGUAGAUGUUAUCCUCAAGUGUAUAAUAGUCAUGUGAAAUUAGCUUUGGAGCAUAAAUAUUUAGUGGUUAGUCAUUCUGAUUGGUUUGAAGCUUUACAAAUUGUUUGUGCUUCAGGUGAACGUUGUAAUGCAAAUUCAUUUGCUUCUAAUUUAACUCCAUCUGCUAAUGCUUUAGCUGCUACUAUACGUACACCUUUAUCUCCAAAUUUAUCUAAAUUAUUAAUGAAUAAUGUAGAUCAGAUUGUUUAUUAUUUGAAGAGAGCAUUAUUCAAUCCUAGAUAUGAUAUAAACAAUUCAAUGGAUACUAAUAAAUCGUUAACAUCACAGGAUAUAUCAUCAUAUAUUUUCAAAUCAAAACUUUUCAUCAAUGGUAAUAUAUCGGAUACGAUUAUGAAUGCUGUAUGGUAUAAAUUAGAAACAUUACAAGUGUUUACAAUAAAUUUAGCCAAUUUAUUUGCUUUUCCUACAAGUAUUGGAAUGUGUCCUGAAGCAGCUGUUGCUCAAAUAAUUUCAUCUAUUCGACAUACAGUUAAAAAUUCAUCAUCAUAUUCAUUUAAAUCUAAUCUAACUGGAGUAAUUAUCUAUUUACCUUGUAUUGAUAUACUAAUUGAAAGUAUUCCACAAUUAACAGCAAAUUAUUUUAUUGAUAAUUUAAUUGCUUUAUUAAAUGAAAUAAAUUGUGAAUUAAAUUAUAUUCCAUCAUUUUUUAAUACAUUACAAACUACUACUAAUGAUUUAAAUGAUAGUAUAAUUAAUAAACAAAAAUUAUUAUAUGCUACAUUAAGAAGUUCAUGUCGAAUUGUUAUUGUUGGUACAUGUACACAUCGACAACGAUAUACAUCUACUACUAUUAAUUCAUCUAAACAACAAUAUAAUUCUAAUCUUAUCAAUACAAAAACCUAUACAUCAAUAUAUCCAUCAUUUUUUGAUAAAUUACAAGAAGGAAAAUGUCAAACUACUAAUGGAAUCUGUGUAUCAAAUGAAUCAUCAUCAUCAUCACCAUUAAUUCAUAUAAAAUCUUCAUCGAAUUCCAUUACACCUACAGUUCAUUGUGUUAACAAUAUUACACCAAUAAUGAAAUAUGCAUAUAAUCAAGAAUUAGCUAAAAUUCAAUUACAAUUUACUAUUCAUUUAUCUGAUUAUUAUAAAAAUCCUUUACAAUUACAUUCUAAUUCUAUUCCAAUUACUGAAAAUUUAACUAUUGAUGAAAAAAAUAACACAAAUAUUCAUUCUUCAGAAUAUACUACUGAUAUCAAUGAUGAUGAUGAUGACUGUGAAAGAAAUUUAAACCGUCAAAAUUCUUCUCACUCAAAUGUAAAUAGUAUACUGAGUAAACUCUUUGAUAAUAAUCAUACAGAGUUUAUAAAUUUAAAACCACCGAAUAAAGAUGAACGUUAUUCAUUCUUUUAUUCUGUGUUAAUUGAUUGGCCUCAGUUAACAUAUUUACAGUUAUUGGAUAUUCGUGAAAAAUCGGUUAAUUCAUCUGAUAGACAUAUACCUAGUCCACAACCAAUUGUUGAAGAAGAUUUACCGCCAAAAUCCACAUAUCCAGUUCAUUAUACUCCAGAAGAAUUAGCUGUUAUCGAAUCUAGAGAAAUGCAAUUAUUUCGUCGUCUUAGACAAGUUUUACGUAGAGUUGUAGCACAUUUAGCUAGCUUUCGACGAUUUACUGUUUUCACUCGACCAGUACAAAUUGAUGAAGCACCAGAUUAUUAUGAUGUUAUAAAACAACCAAUGGAUUUAGGUAGUAUACGUGAUAAAAUUGAUUGUCAUCAAUAUCACAAUGUGAAUGAUUUUAUGAAGGAUAUCGAAUUAGUAUAUCGUAAUGCACUGGAAUAUAAUCCUGCUAACAUUCCACGAAGUCGUGAUAUUCGAUCAAGAGCCUAUGAAUUUUGGGAUGAAGCAUGUAUUCGUAUGGAAGAAGAACUUCAACCAGUUGAUCUGAAUGAGUUGUGUGAAGAAGCAUUAUCAGCACGUGCUGCACGAUUAUCAAAUGAGAAAAUGGUCAAAACUCCGAGUACUAUGAAAAAGAAGGAAACAGAAUGUCGUUCAACACAUAGAAAUGAUGAAAAUUUACAAAAAUCGUCUAUAAAACAACCAUUACCUCCUCUUCCUCAAGGUGAUCGUUAUAGUCGAAGAUUGCAUGGUGAAUCUCCUAUUUUAGAAUUGAAUGAUAUACUUCAAUUGCAAUCAUGUAGUAGUAGACGUCGUUCUACUUUUACUCCAAGUACACGUAAAAGUGUUUCAGUGUUACAAACAAAUCAGCAUACUCCAGAUCUUGAUAUUUCAAUGUCAUCAUUUGAUGUUGUUUUGAAACCAUCCGAGAGUAGUACACAUGAUCUUCAUUCGAAGUUAACUAUAGAACCUCUACUGGAAUCUGAUGUUUCGAGUAGUUCGCCUAAACAGUUGUAUUUAUCAAAAUCAUCACCUAUUGGUAAAUCGCCUACACCAUCACAACAACAACAACAACAGUCUACACCAUUACAAAUUGAUCUACAAAGAUUGAAUCAUUUUCUUGAUCGAGUUGUUGUUAAAACAGAUGGUUGGUCAACAAUGCAACUUGUCAAUUUACACACUGAUUUCACUAAUAUAAUACUUUGGAAAUAUGCACAUAUAACAAACCGUUUAUCAUUGUCAGAUUUGAAUAAGGGUGCUACCUUGUCCAAAGAAGGGUAACCUAAGUUUUUGGAAGAACUGGCGUAGAAUCAUGCUGUUGUCCACACCAAUCAAAAUGUUAAACCGCAUCAUCUUGGAGAGAAUAAAAACUGUUCACCAGAAUAAGGUGACUGGAAUCAGAAGUACAAGCCCUGCGUGAACCA